AUGGAGAUGGAUACCCUUCACCCACGCGUAGGUAUGGCGACACCUGAUGCCAAUGCCAACCCUAUCAUCAACGAGGAAUCAACUGUGCGAGAGGAGGAAGCUUUUCGCAAUCAGUUGGCGCAAGAGCGCGCCGCAGCACUCGAGAAAAUUGAUAACGCGAAAUUCAGCUUCAGUCAUGUUCGCGCUGUCAUCGUCGCAGGCGUGGGCUUCUUCACAGAUUCUUAUGAUAUCUUCGCCAUCAAUCUCUGUGUCGAUAUGAUUGGGGCGGCCUACUGGCAGAACGCGGGAUCUAACCCCGGCAAACUCCCUUCCCACUCCGACACUGCUCUCAAGGUCGCUACUUCCGGUGGCACUGUCCUCGGUCAGCUGUUCUUUGGUUGGCUCGCGGAUCUCGUCGGCCGUAAGCGUAUGUACGGCGUUGAGCUUUUGAUAAUUAUCGUUGCUACACUUGCUCAGGCCUUGUCGUCAGCGGGACCUUCUGUUUCCAUCGUCGGUGUCUUGGUCUUCUGGCGCGUGAUUAUGGGCGUUGGCAUCGGUGGUGAUUAUCCGCUUUCUUCGAUCAUUACCUCUGAAUUUGCGAGCAAGAAUUGGCGUGGUGCUAUGAUGGGCGCUGUGUUCGCCAUGCAGGGUAUUGGGCAGUUCGCCGCGGCUGUCAUCGCCUUGAUCGUCACAGCUGGCUUCAAGGAAUCGCUCGAGACGGCCAAGGACGUUGCGCACUGCUCGGGCGCCUGUCAGCUGGCUUCGGAUAAGAUGUGGCGCACGGUGAUCGGCCUCGGCGCUGUUCCGGCCUGUGCUGCACUUUACUACCGUCUGGCUAUCCCUGAGACGCCUCGUUACACGUUCGACGUGGCCCAUGAUUACAUGCAGGCUGGCCAAGAUAUUGAGGCUUAUAUGCAUGGGCGGCGCGAGGGCCAUUCAGAUGCUCUUACUCGUGUCCAGGUGCAGAUAAAUGAACAUUCGCGUGUCCCGAAGGCUAGCUGGAGAGACUUCAUCAACUACUACAAGGUCUGGGAUAAUGGCAAGGUCCUCCUCGGUACUGCAGGAUCCUGGUUCUUUCUUGAUGUUGCUUUCUACGGUCUCGGCUUGAACAACUCAAUUAUCCUGGGUGCUAUCGGCUGGACAGGCGGAAAGAACGUGUACGAGGUCUUCUACCGCAACGCCGUGGGCAACUUGAUCUUGAUCUGUGCAGGUGCAAUCCCGGGAUACUGGAUGACCGUUGCAACUGUCGACAAGAUAGGUCGCAAGCCAAUCCAGAUGGUCGGGUUCAUCGUGUUGUUCAUAAUUUUCAUGACGAUCGGCAGUGCCUUCCACGCACUCAAGCACUCCCAUAACGGUCUUCUAGCUCUCUAUGUCAUCGCCCAGUUCUUCUUCAACUUCGGACCGAACGCAACCACCUUCAUCGUUCCUGGCGAGUGCUUCCCGACCCGAUACCGCUCCACAAGCCAUGGCAUCAGUGCUGCGGCUGGAAAGAUCGGUGCCAUCAUUGCGCAAUGUGUCUUCGGACCUCUGGUCAACCACCAUGCACCAAAGGGCGCCACAGACUCCCCCUGGUUGAAUCAUGUUAUGCAGAUCUUCGCGGGCUUCAUGUUCUGCGGGAUCCUGACUACGUUGCUGAUUCCCGAGACUAAAAACAAGACCCUCGAGGAAUUAAAUGGGGAGAAUUUCUCCUCCGUCUCUUCCAUCAGGCAUCCCAGCCAAUCGCCGCGCGGCGAGAAGCGGGUCGCUAUCACUGCAGAACAGUCUACAAGCACUUAUAACAGUCCUGUUAUCUCGGGAGGGACUGCCCGUGCAGGUAACGCAAACUAA